AUGGCUAUUCCUGACAGAUUGCCUACUGUUAAUAGACUUGCUCGAAUGGGGAUUGGGGUGGAAGAUAAAUGCAGGUCGUGUGGAACUAAGGCUGAGACCCGCAGUCACAUCUUUUUUGGAUGCUCCUUUUCAAAGGCUGUUUGGGAGGUGAUUACCCGGUUAUGUAAUGUUGACCGAAUGGUGGGGUGCUGGGACGAGGAACUGAAUUGGGCCAUCUCUCGGUUUAAAGGCAAAACCCUCUUUGUGUCUAUAUUUAGAAUAGCUUGGUGUGCAUCUGUAUACUGUAUAUGGGAGGAAAGAAAUCAUAGGCAGUUUAAGGGCAUUAGUAGAGAUGUUGAUAGUGUGGUUAGCGGUAUUAAAGAAAUUGUUAGGCUGAAGUCAACUCGUUUUGUCAUAAAAAAAUAG